GCCGCGACGGAGUCGACACCAUGCUGCUGCGUGGGAACGAACGUCGCGCGACGGCAGCUCACGCGCGUGAGUCGUGAGAAGAGGGAAGUGAACAAUGACAAACUGGCAGGCGAAGGGGUAGACGAAGAAACAAAUCAAAACAAAGUUCACAAAUUAAAAGUUUACGAGCACGGAAUAGUUAGCGCGGAGGAAAAGUUAGUUUUGUGAGGAAAUUAGGAGUUUUUGAGGACUUGGGAGUGGAGUUUGUGGGCCGGGUUUACAGAAAGUGAACGGACACAUCUUCACACAAGAACCACACGCGGGCGACAACCGGGUGGUGGAAUACGGAGGACAGAGUUGAGAAUUUCCUCGAACGGGACAGGACAGGACACGUAAAGGAGGAGAAGUUGAGAACAACUACAACACAAACGUAGAACACAAAUCCGGAUCGGGUUGGACGGAAAACAGGAAACAAACAAAUUGUAAGACAAAAACACACACACACAAACACAACAUGUACUAAACAUUGAAAUAUUUGCAGCUUUGAUCUGCCUCGAAUAAAUUGGCUGAUUAACAAAGAGGUUUUUUCCGUUGGCGUCCGAACAUCAUCAAAGAAUUUGUUUCCGGCGUGGAACAGUUCAGGAUGGCCCCCAAACCCAAGCCGGAUGUUCCUGCCGACUGCGUAGUCUGCGGCAAAGCGAAGGGUGACGACGCUGAGACGGUGGAGUGCGAAGCUUGCCGGCUUUGGGCACAUUUGGCAUGCGCUGGAGAAUCGGGAAAGGUUGAGAAUUACUUUUGCCCGAACUGUUCUCAGUCGCUGCAAGUGCCAAAGACCCGGAAGAACGCCAAGAAGCCGAAAAGCGAUGCGGGCACUACUUCCGGCGCUGCUGACCUGCCAAAGGACGUGCUGGAACAGUUGGAGUUGGAACGAGUUGAGCGGGAGAAGAAGAUGGCCCAGGAGGUGAUGAUCCGUAUGAAGCGGAUCGAGAUGGAGAAGAGUUUUGCCGAGCAGGAGCUCCGGAUCGAGAGAGAGAUGCAGGAGAGGGAGUUUGCGGCGGCGAACGAGGUGCGCGCGCUGAAGCUCAAGAUGGAGCAGGAGUUUUUGGAUAGGCAGAAGGCUGCGGAGGAAGAGUUCCUCGCGAAGCAGAAGGAGAUGAAGAAGCUCAUCAAGAAGAGCAAGCAGAAGCUGGAGAAGGCCGCGGUGGAUCCACCGGCUGGCAAGAGCGAGGGAGCGGGCGCGGGCUCGACGGACACUCCGAAGGGGGUUCUAGGAAAGCCGAAGUUACCCGUCCCCAAACUCAGCGAUUCCGAUCCCGACAGCAGUGGUGAUGAGAGCGACGAGAAGGAGGACCCGACGACACCGGUUUCCGGAUCGCGCGAGGUCUCUGACGGGCCGGGGAAACCGGUCACGAAGUUGACGAAGGAGCAGUUGGCGGCUAGACAAGCCAUGUCGCGACAUCUGCCGAAGUUCUCCGGGGAGCCGGAGGUGUGGCCUCUCUUCAUAAGCAGCUUCAAGUACACCACUGAAGCCUGCGGAUUCACGAACGUAGACAACUUGAAGAGGUUGGUGGAUUGUCUCGAAGGGCCAGCGCUGACGUUGGUGCAGGGUCGGCUCGUGCUGCCGGAUGCGGUGCCGGAUGUCAUCGAAGACUUGCGACACAUGUUUGGCCGGCCGGAGAAGCUGCUUCGGGCGCUUUUGCAGAAGGUCCGGAACGCGCCAGCUCCCACGAGCGAAAAUCUCGACACGUUCAUCCAUUUCGGGAUCACCAUCAAGCAACUGUGUGAUCACCUGGAAGUGUCGGGCAUGAAGGACCAUCUGAACAACCCGAUGCUGGUCCAGGAGCUGGUUGAAAGGUUGCCGACAAGUCAUCAGCUCGACUGGGUGCGCUACAGGCGAGGAAAGGUCAACACUCCGCUGAGAAUGCUGUCCGACUUCUUGUCGGAACUGGUCGAGGACGUGUCGGAGGUGGCCGAGUUUGCGGCGCUAUCGCUUCAGGAGCCUACGAAGUCACACGGCGGGAAGGGCAAGCGGAACGAGUUCGUGCACCUGCACGAAGCGACGAGAGAGAAAGCGGCGGGUGGCAGAACGAGCAUGGCUUGCUACGUUUGUAAACAAACCAGCCACUUGAUACGGAACUGCAGCGAGUUUAGAGGAAUGCGGGUGCCUGAGCGCAUGAAGACCGUGGAGCGCUUGAAGCUGUGCACGGUGUGCUUGAGCAGCCAUGGCAACAGCGCGUGCCAUUCGAAGAUGCGCUGCCAGAUCGGAAAUUGUCGAGGACAACAUCAUCCGCUACUUCACCGCGAGGAAGCUGCGAGGCAGUUCCAGCGGGUUGACUGCAACACGCACAAGGUCGACGGCGGGGUGAUCUUCCGGACAAUUCCGAUCACCAUGUACGCGGGGAGCAAGGCGUUCAACACUCUGGCGUUUUUGGACGAAGGAUCGUCGAGUACACUCAUGGAGGAGUACGUGGCCAACAAGCUGGGAGUGCAAGGAAAGCUGGAGCCGCUGGUCGUGUCCUGGACAGCCGAGAUCGAUCGGCACGAGAACCAAUCUCGUCGGGUGAGCCUGACGCUUGCGGCCAGAGGUUCGAGAGAGAUGUUCCAGUUGGAGAACGUGCGGACGGUUUCGAAGCUGCAGUUGCCGCAGCAAGAUGUGAGAUUUGCGGAGGUGCAGAAGCGGUACGGUCAUCUGGCGGGCGUACAGGUUGCGGAGCAGGUCAAGGAGAAACCGACCAUCUUGAUCGGUCUUGACAACAUCCAUCUCUUCGCGCCGCUGGAAUCAAGAGUCGGUCAACAAGGCGAACCGAUUGCAGUCCGUUCAAAGCUCGGCUGGACCGUGUACGGACCUGAUACACCCAAGCCCUUGGUGCAUACGUUCCUGAAUCUGCAUGUCGUCAAGCCGGCCAGUAACCAAGAACUCCACGACAUGAUGAGGGACCAGUACGUCCUGGACGAAGCUGGUGUUGCGUCGUUUGCGGUGCCGGAGUCUGCCGAAGAUCAACGAGCGAAGAAGAUUUUGGAGACGACGACGAAGCGCACCGGAGAGCGGUUCGAAACCGGUCUGCUGUGGCGCGAGGACGAGCGGCGAUUUCCGGACAGCUACCCGAUGGCAACGCGGCGGCUGCAGGCGUUGGAGAGGAAGCUGGACAAGAACCCAACGUUGAAGCAGAACGUCUCUCAACAGAUCGCGGAGUACCAGAGCAAGGGGUACGCGCACAGAGCAACGGCUGAGGAGCUGAAGACGCCCAGCAACGCUACGCGAGACUCGGGCUAG